CCCAGCUCCCGGCGGCUUCUCUGGACCCUGAUGGUCGAGUUGUACGUCCACGGCCCAGAGCGUUGGGACGUGGUGCGUUACGCGGGUUGGUCAUAACUAUAGGAAAGCAGAAAAAGGCUGUUGAGAAAAACAGAGAGAGAAUGGGGACAUAUUUAGGAGUUGCAACAGAAUUGUAGUGACUUCCUGUGGCAUAGCUUGAUCGAGAAGCAGCGCUUCCGGCAGUUUAGGACCACUAACUAGCCAGCCAGCCUUUCGGGCCUGACGGGACCCGCGGCUCGGGCCUCGCGGAGUCCAGCUUCGGCGUCGCGGCGAGGACAGCGGCCCCGCUUCAGUGCCGACCUUCCCAUCUCCCGGCUGCGCUGGGCAUCAGGCGACCUCAGGACCCUGUGAUUGGCGCCUGUGGACCGUGACCAGGGAGCGCCUUGGCAGUCCCGGGACUCGGCACCUGUCCGUCUUACUCCUCUCGGACGGAGAUCUUGCAUUACUCGUUCUUCCUCUCCUCGCGUAAUGCCUGGCAUUCGAUAAAUGUUUGUUGGACUUGAAGAGAUACAUGGGCGAUGAAUCCGGAAAGGGAGAACAUCUUUGGUCCUGCAUUUGUCUGACACAUUUUUAUGUAAAUAACUGGCUGGACUUCAUAUUUUUCACUACAGAAGCCUAGAAUCUACAGUUGCCAGAGAUCUAAGCACAUUACUUUUGGGAUAUCAUCUACAUUGAACCUGAGAACUCUCCCCUUAUUCCAAAAUGCUGAGGUACUGGGGAGAAAUCCCAAUGUCAUCAAACCAGGCCAACAGAAGUUCCUUUGAUUUGCUCCCCCGGGAGUUCCGUCUGGUGGAAGUCCAUGACCCACCCCUGCACCAGCCCUCUGCCAACAAGCCCAAGCCCCCCACCAUGCUGGACGUCCCCUCAGAGCCGUGCAGCCUCACCAUUCACACCAUUCAGCUGAUCCAGCACAACCGACGUCUUCGAAACCUUAUUGCCACAGCUCAGGCCCAGAAUCAGCAGCAGACGGAAGGUGUAAAGACUGAGGAGAGUGAGCCUCUUCCCUCCUGCCCAGGGUCACCUCCUCUCCCCGAUGACCUCCUGCCUUUGGACUGUAAGAACCCCAAUGCACCAUUCCAGAUCCGACACAGCGACCCAGAGAGUGACUUUUAUCGUGUCUCCACUUUCAGGGGAAAAGGGGAACCUGUGACUGAACUCAGCUGGCAUUCCUGCCGGCAGCUCCUCUACCAGGCAGUGGCCACGAUCCUGGCCCACGCGGGCUUCGAGUGUGCUAAUGAAAGUGUCUUGGAGACCCUCACCGAUGUGGCGCACGAGUAUUGCCUUAAGUUCACCAAGCUGCUGCGCUUCGCUGUGGAUCGGGAGGCCCGCCUGGGACAGACUCCUUUCCCGGAUGUGAUGGAGCAGGUGUUCCACGAGGUGGGCAUUGGCAGCGUGCUCUCCCUCCAGAAGUUCUGGCAGCACCGCAUCAAGGACUAUCACACUUACAUGCUGCAGAUUAGUAAGCAGCUCUCCGAAGAAUAUGAGAGGAUUGUCAAUCCCGAGAAGGCCACUGAGGACACCAAACCUGUGAAGAUCAAGGAGGAGCCCGUGAGCGACAUCCCCUUUCCUGUCAGUGAGGAGCUGGAGGCUGACCUGGCUGCAGGGGACCAGUCCCUGCCCAUGGGAGUCCUCGGAGCUCAGAGCGAGCGCUUCCCGUCCAACCUAGAGGUUGAAGCUUCGCCUCAGGCUUCCAGUGCAGAGGUAAAUGCUUCUCCUCUUUGGAACCUGGCCCAUGUGAAAAUGGAGCCUCAAGAGAGCGAAGAAGGCAACGUCUCCGGGCAUGGCGUGCUGGGCAGCGAUGUCUUCGAGGAGCCCAUGUCAGGCAUGAGCGAAGCCGGGAUCCCCCAGAGCCCCGACGACUCAGACAGCAGCUAUGGUUCCCACUCCACGGACAGCCUCAUGGGGUCCUCCCCUGUUUUCAACCAGCGCUGCAAGAAGAAGAUGAGGAAAAUGUGACAGGAAAGAGGAGAUUUUUCUCUGCAGACCGACAGCGCCCAAAUGAAAACCUUGAUGUACUGGUUUGUUUCCACGAACAAUGAUUUCACUCUUAAACUCAGUGGGCUUAAUUUCAGAGGAACUGAACUUAACCGAACAAGGUUGCAUUUGACUUUGCACCCAGUUUUUGUGGUUUUCUACAACAUUUGUUCACAAAUAGAAGACGAUGCUGGCACAGUCAUCAGGAGACCAAAGCCCUGUCCUGACUGUCGUCUCCACUGGGUGAUGAGACAUCUUACCCAACUUCUCUACAGCUACUGUUCUUGCAUAACUCAGACGAAUCAUCCCACUUUGACCUACCUUGCAGACAUCUGAAAUUGAGAUGUUUGUUACACUUUAAAGCUAUGAUUGAAAACUCUCAACAAUUAAAUGUAUGCUGACAUCAGAUGUCAAAUUUUCUUUUAACUUGAUACAUUUUUGGUUCAUGUCUUUGGAAAUCCAGUACCAUCCUAAUGGAAUAGCUAACCACAAUACAACUUUAUCCAUGUCAUCUUUUUAGAACUUUUUUGUUAAGAUUGGGGGCUGGAAUCUGUGGUGUAGCAGGCUAAGCUUCCACCUGUGGUGCUAGCAUCCCAUAUGGGCGUGGGUUCGUGUUCCAGCUGCUCCUCUUCUGAUCCAGGCCUCUGCUAAUGGCCUGGGAAAGCAGUGGAAGAUGGCCCAAGUGCUUGGGCCUAUGUACCCAUGUGGGAGACCUGGAAGAAGCUCCUGGCUCCCAGCUUCCAAUUGGCCCAGCUCUGGCCUUUGCGGCCAUUUGAGUGAACCAGAGGAUGAAAGACCUUUCUCUGUGUCUUCCACUAUCUGUAAGUCUGCCUCUCAAAUAAAUGUCUUUGAAAAAAUUAUUUUAUUUGAAAGGCAUAGAGGAGAGAGAUCUUCCAUCCACUGGUUCAUUCCCCAGAUGGCCGCAAUGGCCAGAGCUGCACAGAUCCAAAGCCAGAAGCCAGAAGCUUCAUCCCCAUCUCCGACGUGGGUGCAGGGGCCCAAGGCCAUCUUCUGCUGCUUUCCCAGGUGCAUCAGCAAGAAGCUAGAUUGGAACAGCCAGGUCUCAAAACCAGCACCCAUACUGGAUGCUGGCACUGCAGGCAGAGGCUUAACCUUCUAUGCUACAGCGCCGGCCCCGACAACUGUUUCUGCUGCCAUUGAAUUCUCUUGUAAAAUCAGAGGUCUGUGGUGGCAUCACCUCUUUGCUUAUUCAGCCUUUUCCUAUCUCACCCACACAUUUUCUUCUUCCUUCUCUAGAUUUACUCCACCUAUCCUCUCCCCUCUGUUGUGUUUAUUUCUACUUACUCAGACUUUUAAAUAUUUUACCACGUCCUUUUUCAGUUGUUUGGGAGGACAGGAUUGUGCUUGUACCUGCUUGGCCAUCCAAGAGCGCUCCAUUGCUGUCAGAGGUCCACCCAUGUAUUGUGCCUCCUCUGGACGGGCAGCCUUUGAAAGGCUAAUACACGCCUUUCAACUCUACACUGUGUCUGCAGCAGCUUUACUGCUGUUACUUGUCCAUCACAGUGCCUGCCCUGCUUGGCAUCUGAUAGCCUCAAUCAGUAUUCAUUAAGUAAACUAUGUAGCAAUACAGAGAUUAGGAGCAAUUAGCAAAUGUAAGCUUUAUACCUUGAUACUGGAUGCCAGCAUGUUAAAUUAACUGUUCAAGUUUGGUUUUCUAUUGUAGAAUACAGGUCUUGUGAAGUUAAACUUUUUUUUUUUUUUUUUUUUUUUU